AUGUUGAUUGCAAUUAUGAUGGAAUCUGACGUGAAGCUAACUGAUGAACUUGUUGAGGCUAUUAUCGACAAGGUUUUUGAUGUAUUUGAUGAAAGGAAAAAUGGUGUCAUUGAAUUUGAUGAAUUUGUCCAUGCACUCAACGUCUUCCAUCCCUAUGCUCCCACAGAAGACAAAAUAGACUUUGCAUUUAGGCUUUACGAUUUGAGGCAAACUGGGUUUAUUGAGCGAGAAGAAGUGAAGCAAAUGUUGAUUGCAAUUAUGAUGGAAUCUGACGUGAAGCUAACUGAUGAACUUGUUGAGGCUAUUAUCGACAAGGUGCAAUGUGGUGAUGUGGAACUUGAAAAGAAAAUUGAUGAAAAGAUUGGCCAGUUCAUCGAUAAAGUGGAGAAACACUCGAGCAAGAAAAUUGAUGAGAAGAUUGGCCAGUUCUGGAUUGUAUUUUUUUCAUAAAAGAACUUUUCUCAAGUUUUUAAUUGUAAUAACUUUCACAGAUAGCUGAAAUUUUGAGACUCAAAUAGAAUGUUUAAUUAAACUACAAUGCUA